UGCGAUCGGAAGUGAAACGCAGAAACGCGCGCGCGAUUUUUUUGUUGCCGGGAAGUUUUUUUUUGCACUACAAAGGAGAAGUUGCAACCUUGGUGGGUUCCAUCUUUUUCGCUUGCCUUGUUUGUCGAUUCGUAAUUAUCUGUACAUGUCGCGUUAUCGUCGUAAGUAGUGUUCAAGAUUGUGCAACGUGGGAAAACUAUUGUUCUGCACUCUUGGGGGGCGGAAAAUAGAUACAGAGGAAAACGAAGCUAAGUGUCGAGCUGAAAAAAAAUUGUCCGGAUGCAUUUUUUUUAUUAUGACUGAGUGAAAAUUUGUUUAAUAUACAAGAACAGUGUUUAGUGUUUCUUUAACUCAGAGGCGCUUUGUUCCGAAAAAUGCUGAUAUAAGCGCCCUUAUGUUAAGCCGAGGAAAGCAUCCUAUCGGUGUAUUAGUGCCCAGUGGAAAAGGAUCGUGUGGGACGUGCACAACCUCCAGACAGACGAUGUGCAUCGCGCUUCGUUCCUCUAUAGAGUAACCUGAUUUGCUUCAACAACACCGGAACAGAGUAGGCGAGCAUCUCACAAACAACGCGGCCGUCGUCGCUUUCGAACACCACAUCACGAAAUUGGCCAUCUGUGUUUUGUGGCCUGCUUGGUUUUGGUCAACACUGUCAGUGCCGUCGAUUUUGGAAUUCACUAAUAAUGUAAACGCGGGUUUUCAACAAUUUACAGAACAUCCCAAAUGUACAUUCGUGUAGGAUGAUCGAGCGGUGAUGUCAUAAAUUUAAAUUCGAAAAAUCGCUAAACUGAACAAGGUGGUAAACCGCCAACAAGGUCCAGUUUGAUUAACACAGAGGUGAAGCCAGCGUUGGAAAAAAAUAACUCUAAUUGGAAGCAACAACGUCUCGUAACCGGCAUUCUUCUGCAAUAUCAGAAUAUGGAAAUUAUGUUGAAGGAGAAGAAAAUAAGAGUUUUUUAAUGAAGUGUACCCAAGUUAAAGCAAACGUCCUGAGUGAUUUAUGGAUGCUUUUGGAUAGCCUUAUGUAUUAGUGUGUUUUUAUGGUUCUGUGCUUUGGUAUCGCUUUCGACACUUGAGCCGUCUCAAAAAUACACAAGUAGUUAAAUGCGAUCCUUUCAUGUGUAGUGGUUGUAAACAAGAAUUAAAUGUUUGUAUAUUCCAUCAAUGCGUAUUAGAAGUGGUUUACACUUUUGUGUGUCUGUGAAUGAAUCUAAUUCGGAAAAUAAAAAAACAAGGUCCAGAUCGAAGUGUGCUGGAGUCAAAACAAACAACAUCUAAACAACCAGCCGAUUAUUUACAUAGAUCGAGAGCUAUUUAGCCGAAUGCUUCGAUCGGAAACUACAAUCCCACCAAGCACAACACGGUGCAAAAUGGCUGCCAAGUCUCGUCAAUUUAUCACUGUCAUUGGUAUCGUGCUCAUAUCGUUAUUCAACAGUAGCAUGAUUUAAGUAUCACCGGAGAGACACUCAUCGAAGAUUGCGAACUCGAACCAGCAACGACGGAAGCAGCAGAAAAUUAAAUUCGUCGCAUCGUUGCCGUUUUGUGUGAACACUGCUUCCGGACAUUGAGCCAUACACGUUUUAUUGCUGUUAGAAAUAAAAAAAGAUCUACAAAAGACGUUCGUUGGAUGUCGAGAGCGAGCGGAACGUUCCCUGGAAGCCACUAACAUAAACAAAAUUGUGUCUAACGCGGGCGGUCCAGUCCAGAGGAAAUAAAACAUCUCCCAUCGCUAACUCAAUCCACACGCCACCCCCCUUCGGUCGAAAGGUGGUGCAUUUGGCAGCAGACAGCAGUCGUCUGAAAAUAUUAUUCGUUGCCGAGAUUUGCAAGUUACCCUGGCGCUUCCAAGCUAUGGACGAUGAAAUCCUGAAAACAGUAGAGUCCAUGCUUGGCACCAACAUUCAGGUGGUAGACUGCGAAAAAACUCAAACCAUCAGAGAGGAGGAAGUGCUGCUCAUCAAUGGAGUACCGGUCACGUUGGAAGGGUCCGAUGGCAAUGCCAUCAAGAAAGCGCUUAUCGCCGGUGAAAUUCCCUCCUGUGAAAUGCUCAACCAGUUGCUGUUCCGAGCCGGUGUCCUUCGACAGCCUGUGCAAUUAGAAACGUCUCUGAGUGUCAAAACUAGCACGGUGACCACCGAAGAUAUCACCAUUGCGCGCAAUGGUAGGAUACUGGACGAGCGAUCCUGUGAGACGAAGGAAAAUAAUUACUAUACGAGCACUUCCAACGAAAUAUGGGAACCGGUCAGCCGGCUCAAAAAGAAGAAACAAGAAAUCAUCAACGCCAGUACGGUGGACGAUAUGCUGUCCAAUCAGCUUAGUAAUGAUCUGUACUUAGUGUCAAACGAAUCUCCCUGCGAAAAUGUUUCUUCCCACCCAUUGCGCCAAAACUCCAUUUGCACGGAAUCUUCCACGUCUUCGUCAGCUGAAUCCAACUACUCCUCAUCGCGGCCCGUCAGCAACGUAUCGGCGGCCUCGUAUGACAACUUCGUCUGCCAAAUCACCCCUUCGCAUCCGCGAACGGAACUGAGCAAAUCGUCCACCAAACUUUCGCCAAACAAACAGAGUAUCAGCUGUGACUCCGGAAACGACGAGGUCACGCUCACGUCGGUCUACAGCAGCGGUGGCAUCGCCGGCCACGAGUUCUAUCCCUUCCACGACAUCUCCAAAACCAACACCACCAACUCGAUGCAAACCGAUUCGUCUUUCGGGUGCGAAUUUUCACCGCCUACAUCAUUCCACGACGAGCCGGAUUUUGCCGUCAUCCCGCAGAACGGUACCCUCGCGACGUCGCCUAUUCCACAGAAGCGGCGUAAUCGCACCCUGCUUCGAACCCGACCGCAGAGGCAUUUACACAAAAAUAAUGACGCCACUGCGAACUGUGCCGAUGAUCCCAGCCUCAAUGACGACAAUUGCCUGGUCUACCGAGAUGGAAAUCUGAUUUCCGGCACGCUGGAGAUGCUCAUCAAGCAUAUGGUGCCAACGGACGAGUACUACCCGGACCAGUCCUACCUUUUCGCGUUUCUGCUCAGCGCCCGACUGUUCAUCAAACCGCACGAGCUUCUGCAGCAAGCAUGUGAUAUCUGCCAUCAGCAGCAGCAGCUGAACGUUCAUCUCAACAACAAUAACAACACCAUCGCAAAUCAGCAAAAAUUACAAAGUCUAAGCCGAUUUGCCUGCAACUUUGUCCAGCUUUUAUCAGAAUGGAUAGAAACUUUUCCCUACGAUUUCCGUGACGAACGAGUAAUGCAACACGUACGCACAAUGACGCAAAAGUGCAUCAACAUUGAUGGCAAGCUGCGGACGAAGGUUUCCUCCCUGCUGCAGAAUCUCCUCCAGAGGCUCAAGACUCUGGAGAAAUACGAAGAGUUUCUCGAUAAACUCAACCUAGAAUCUAGCAAGGAAAGCGAUCUAAAGCACGCUGGACAACUGCGCAGUGAUUCGCGCAGCAGUAGCAACAGCUUUCACCAAUCGACUGAGAAGUCCUCCUCGUCGAUACAUCAUCAAACGUCGUCGUCCACAUCAUCAGUCAACAGUAUUUCAUCGAUUAGUUCAACACUUUCCACGCCGGACAUCACGGACCUAUGCCCGAGCCCAUCAGUAUUAGCGCACCAGUUGACUCACAUUGAGCUCGAGCGAUUGUCCUACAUCGGGCCGGAGGAGUUUGUACAAGCAUUUGCCAAAGAGAACCCAAAUGUCGACACGUCGAUCAAGGACAUGAAGAAGACGCGAAAUCUCGAAUCCUACGUGCAGUGGUUCAACCGGCUGUCGUACAUCGUGGCCACCGAGAUCUGCAAACAUUCGAAGAAGAAACAACGUGCCAGAGUGAUUGAGUACUGGAUCGAAACGGCCCGGGAGUCGUUCAACAUUGGCAACUUCAACACGUUGAUGGCCAUCAUCGCCGGACUAAAUCUUUCGCCAAUAUCGCGGCUGAAGAAAACGUGGGCUAAGAUUCAAUCGGCCAAAUUCUCCAUACUGGAGCAUCAGAUGGACCCGACGAGCAAUUUCAGCAGCUAUCGAUCGACCCUUAAAGCGGCCAUGUGGCGAUCGGAGGGAGCUACCGAUGAACGGCAGCGAAUUGUCAUUCCAUUCUUCAGUCUACUAGUCAAGGAUUUAUAUUUCCUCAACGAAGGGUGUACCAACAAACUACCCAACGGCCAUAUCAACUUCGAGAAGUUCUGGCAACUGGCCAAGCAGGUCAAUGAGUUCAUCGGCUGGAAGCAGGUCACGUGUCCUUACGAAAAGAACAGCAAAAUCAUAAUGUUCCUACAGACCAACAGUAUUUUGAACGAGAACACAUUGGCGAUGGCAUCAUUCGACUGUGAACCACCGGAGAACAGUAGCGAGAAGGAUCGCUACAAAACUCUCAAACACGAGCACUUCAACAACUAGUUUUUCGUCGGUAUACCGAAUUUCAGUUUCGCACAAGUUUUACACAUUCUACUAUAGCCGAACUCCUAUAGUUUCCGACAGAUCUACUUACACAACUCAUGCAAAACUACAUCAAAGGGAAAACACACCGACACAAAGAGACGAAAUCUCAAAUUUGACACUGCAUUUAUUGAUAAAAGAUUUUUAGAUAUUUUUUAGAAUACGAUAAAUCUUUUCUGUAGCCAUAAGCGGUUCCCCCCUUUAGAUAGAAGAGACAAGCACGAGUCUCCAUCAAGGUGAAGCGAUGCCGGUAGAUCGACAUAACAAACAUAAGACAGAUGCUCUGUAACUGUAGGCCGAAUAUUGAAUCAGUAAUAUUAAGUGUGGUACGGGGUAACGUACGUAGCUCGAUAUAGAAGCGCAUGGUAAACUCUGUGCGGAUCCUUAUACCAACUAAGAAGAAAAAGCAUAAUUUUGUUUCACCCAGUGAAAAGUGUAGCAACCUUUUGAACGUAUUUCAAAAAUAUGAAGAAAGGCUGAAUGGACUUUAUGCGUUGCUAACAGCAAACCGAUUGUGAUUAGUUUUAUUCGUUUAUCGCGCGAUAGGCACUUACUUAUUUAUUUUGUUGUUGUUUUUUUAUUAUUAACUUCGAAGAUUUUAUUUCACUUUGUUUUACCUGUCCGAAUGUAAAAAAAAAGUAUAGUUUAUUUAUAGUCCGUAAUGCGUGAAUGUUCAUUGUAUAGAUUAAGCUUUAGGUUGAGGAGUAUUACUUUAGAGUGUAAAAUCACACAAAGGCAGUCUCUUGCAUUGUCCGCCAGCAUGACACAAAUAUAGGUUACUUUGAUUGAUUUUUCAUUUUUUUAUACACGUCAAUAGAAGACGAAGAAAAACGAGCCGAAUAUAUUAAUAUGUUUGUUGUGGUACCUACUAAUGCGUAUUGUGAAUUGGUUUCCCUUUACUGAAUUUACUGAUUUUUGGAAUUUCCAAAUUUCUAGUAAUCAAAUUUUUACAGAAAUACACCGAAAGGAUUUGAAUGAGGGGUAUAUACAGAAGCAUGCCAACUUUAUAAUCAAUGAGAUCAGAAGUAGUUUUCUUUUCCUCUUUAUUAUUUGGUCAAAUUUAAAACGAUAUAGGUAUACUGCCGUGAAUCGCAUAUCUGUCCCAUAUGCAUAGGAAACCCAGCAAAGAUGGGACAGAUAUGCGAUUCACGGCAGUAUAGUAGCUUGAUGUCAAAGUUCAUAUAUCUGAUUUUCACUGGGAAUAAUCUAUUUUAUGUUGGGGGUCAAUUUUAUUUUAAGAAAAUGGACUGCUAACUUUUUAAUUUUUUUGUUCCGGUUUGUAAACUUUGUAUACAAGUUCAAAAAAACAAUUUC